AAUGGCGGUUAGGCGGGGGCGGGAAGAGGGCCGCGUCGCUCACCCAGGAUUCCAAGUCUCCCCCACCCUGCCUGGAAGCCGGGAGCCGGAGGUGGUUCGCUAGCCCGCCGCCUCCCACGCUCCCGGCCCUUCGAGCUGGUURCUGGGCAUGAAAGAUAGCGUAAUCCGUCCGAUUGAACAAAAAAGGUGGCAGCCGAGGCGCCAGCACGGCCUCUGCGUAGCAUUAAGGACAUUCCCUAAAAUGGCGGCCGGCGCGCGGGGGCGGGCGGGAGCCAGCGGGCGGGGCGCGGCUGGCCUGGCUUCCGCUCCUGAGGCCUUGGRCGGACGCAAGGUGGGGCUGGAGGAGCCAACUGGUCCCCAUGGCUGCCGUGCCGGAGCAGGGCGAGUCCGGGAAGGGGAAGCCAACACUGAAUCCUUUGACAAAAUUUUGCUGACGGAGGACAUUACAUUGAAUUUUGCUUGUUGCGAGAUGAAAAUGCUCCGAGGACAGGUACCUUGCCUUAAAUGUGGCAUUCUACACAUUAAACAUAUUCAGUAAAUGUUAAGGAAUGAAAACUUGGCUAUAUUCCGGUUAUGUCCAGAGCAGAAAGGUCAGAUGAAGGGGGCGGCGGGGGGAUUCCCAUUAGCUUUCUCUGGACCAAAUGGCAGAGUGCAACGUAGUGGUGUAACUAAUAGCCUGCCUAASCGACAUCCCUGUUUCUUGGCGCUCUCCCCUAUUUAGUCCAUUUCCACGGUUGUUUGCAAGAGCUUCCCGUAGUAUAAACUAUACAGUUUCAGCCUAUUUAAAAUCCAGUCCUAAUCGCCCAUUUCUUUCAGGGUAAAAUCCAAAUUCUUGGUGUAGUAAAGCUGAAUUAGGUUCUCUGUAGCCUUCGAACGGUCUCAUGAGACUCCCCAAAAGCAGACGGAGGUGUUUCCCUAUCUGGCAUUUUGUACGUAGCUUCACCAUUACAGUAUUUUUGAGUGUGUCUCAAAAAGUUGCCCAGACGGGUCUCUGACUUUUUGAUCUCCCUAGUAGCGUGUGUUAAAAGGUAUGUAUGCACCACCAUGCCUUGCUGACUGAUGUACACUAAGAAUGAAGGGAGAAAGUGAUAAGUAUAGACCUAUUUGACUCACGAAUAGAAAAACAAGUUGUAGAAGGUGGCUAUAGACCUUAACCUCAACAUCUGGAAACUGAACUCAGGUAUCUGGAAACUGAACUCAGGGUUGCUUAACCAUUGAAACACAUCCCAACCCCUCUGUAUCUUGGAACAGUCUGUAAAUUGAAGCUGGCUUUGAACUUGCUAUCUUGCCUGACACCCAGCCACAGAAGGCAUAAGGUUUUCAGACUUGGAAAAUGCUUUUCUUAGUCUUUUGCUUUCAUUUAUCAAAGGGUUAAAAGGAUAGUUUUGUGCGGCAGAAAUGACACGGGCCUUGGGGUCAGACUUMCAUCACAUUUACCUGAAGCCACGUUUCCACCUUGUGAUAUUAUGGGCCUGCCAGUAAUGACCCCUGUCCCUAAAUUACCAAUUAGGUUUGAGCUCAAGUUCUCAGUAUUGACACUUUAGACCAGUUUUGUUGAGGGUGGAGCUCAAGAACUAUCACGUUUCUCAGAAUCAGCUUUGGCUCRCUUAAUUUUAAAAUACCAUUUUACCUCUAACUUGUUUUCAAGCCAAGAUUAUUCCAUUAUGGACAUGGCUGUAAUUCCAGCAGCUCAGGAAGCUGAGACAGGAGUAU